AUUAAAUGUAAGGAAAUGAAUUACGGUUUUUCCUUUGUACAUCUAUAAAAAAGAGGCAUUUUCUAUCUGAAGACCUCGGUCUACGGUACCGAGUAAUCAUGCAGCAUCUACUUAGAUUCAUCGUUAUUCUGACGACCGUGUUAACGUUCUGUGAAGCUACCAUUUCUUCGGCAUGUUUGCGUUGUAUUUGUAACGUGGAGUCCGGAUGCAGACCCAUUGGUUGUCGCUAUGACGUGUACUCAUAUUCGUGUGGCUACUUUCAAAUCAAAGAGGAAUACUGGGAAGACUGUGGACGACCUGGAACAAGUUAUAAGGCGUGUGCUAAUGACUACACGUGCGCCUCCAACUGUGUCAGAGCCUACAUGAAGCGUUAUAUUGGAAGCAGUGGCUGUCCAGCAAACUGUGAAAGUUAUGCAAGAAUCCACAAUGGUGGCCCGCGAGGAUGUCGAUAUCCAUCCACUCUAAGUUACUGGGAAAAGGUGCAUCAGCAAGGCUGCAAUGUGAACAGUUGAUUGUACAGCCAAGAUAAUUAAAAAUAUGAGACAAAAUUACUUGAAUAUUUGAUUAGUUUCAUUGUUCAUUGAAUAAAAUGAAUAUCUCUUU